ACUUUUAGUAAUGUUUUUCAGACCGUGUUAAAGGCGGAAGAUCGAAUCUUGACUGUUGACAUUGUAACCACGGAAUUGAUCCAAAUGGCGAUCGAAAAAUUUAAUACUAUAUGUGCAAAUUAUAAUGAUUGGGAGAAUAUUAAAUGUUCCGAAGCAAGUAUGAUUUGGCAGAAUGUCGAUCCAAAAAAUGUCGAGUUCGAAAUUUCUUUUAUAGUUCCAAAUUGUAAUAGAUUCAUGCAGAUUUAUUCUACUCAUAAACGAUCGCAAGAAGAAAAAAAAUUGGUUUCCGCAGCGAAAUAUUUAAUUAGCAUGUAUUCGUUAAAACAAAAAUUAAUUAACCUUAUAACAGUUUUAGACGCCUUGAAAAUACCAUAUAGUCAAAAGCUUUGGGUUAAAAAAAUUUUUCAAUCUUUAGAAGAUGAAGAUCUAAAACUUAGCCAGCUACAAAAAAUUAUUGAUGAAAUGGAGAAAUAUAUUCAUAAAUUUAAAUUAGAAAAAUGUUGGCCAAUAAUUAGGGAAAUGGCAGAUUCAAAAGAUUUUCUUAUCUUCCUACAGUCGCUUGUAGGUCAUGAUUUAAAAAAUUUAAUUAACGGAGUGGAUGAUCAUUCGGAUGAACGCUUAAUACAAGAAGAUACCGUUUCAACAUUCAUUCGAGUGAAACAAAUUUUGGAACCUUUAGUAGCUAAAAGUGAAGACUCUGCUGAUCUAGCAGUAGACAAGUUCUUGAGGAAUCUUUUCAAUGUAAUCUCUAAGAAUCCAACACUCGAUGGCAAAGUGAGAUUAUGUAAUGCACAUGCUCAAGCAUUAAAAAAUAUGUAUGAGAAUAUUUCAAAUCGAG